AAAUUCAUCUAGCCCCAUUAGUCGUCUGUCACCAAUCGUUGGGUUACCUUGAACACCAAACUAAUAAAAUUAUUUUUAAAAAACAAUAAUAAAGUUAUGGUAUCGGGUGUGAGUUCAUAAUGUCUUACAAAACUAAUGCGAAUUUGUGCAGUGAGCUUUUUUACUAUUUUCACUCAUUUUUUUCAUGGUGAUCGUUUUUUGAUCAGUGCUUUAACGGAAGGAAAGACAAAGACGAGCUUUUUAGACGAAGCCAUUAAUAAUUACUGAGGAUCGACGUAAAUUAACAUAAACAAAAUGUCGUCCGUAAAAGUGGCCGUGAGGGUACGUCCCUUUAAUAAUCGCGAAAUAUUACGUGAAGCACAAUGUAUUAUCGAAAUGAAUGGUAAUACAACGACAAUAGCAAACCCAAAGGUUCCACCUAACACAAAAGAAGCUAUAAAGAGCUUCAAUUAUGAUUAUUCUUACCACUCAAUGGAUCCCAAUGACGAAAAUUACUCGUCUCAAAUAAUGGUGUACAAAGACAUUGGAGAAGAAAUGCUUUUGCAUGCAUUUGAAGGUUACAAUGUAUGUAUAUUUGCUUACGGGCAAACCGGUGCCGGCAAAUCGUACACAAUGAUGGGUAGACAAGAGGAAGGACAAGAGGGUAUUAUACCUCAGAUAUGCAAAGAUUUGUUUCGUAAAAUAGGAAAAAAUUCAAGCGAUACUUUAAAGCACUCGGUUGAAGUUUCAUACAUGGAGAUUUAUUGUGAACGAGUACGUGAUUUAUUGAACCCCAAGAACAAAGGUAAUUUACGGGUACGUGAGCAUCCACUUUUGGGACCUUAUGUUGAAGAUUUAUCAAAGUUGGCUGUUAUGUCUUAUGAAGACAUUCACGAUUUAAUUGACGAGGGUAACAAAGCCCGUACCGUCGCUGCUACAAAUAUGAAUGAAACUUCAUCACGUUCACAUGCAGUGUUUACGAUAUUUUUUACCCAACAAAGAUACGAUCCCACUACGGGAUUGGCUACGGAGAAAGUUAGCAAGAUUUCGCUGGUCGAUUUGGCCGGCAGUGAACGGGCAGACUCUACCGGCGCCAAAGGCACGAGAUUGAAGGAGGGCGCUAAUAUUAAUAAAAGUCUCACGACCCUGGGAAAAGUUAUAAGCGCACUUGCUGAAAUUGCAACAAAAAAGAAGAAAAAGGCGGAAUUUAUUCCCUACCGUGAUUCAGUAUUAACGUGGCUCUUACGUGAAAAUUUGGGCGGUAAUUCAAAAACCGCAAUGAUUGCCGCAGUAAGUCCUGCAGAUAUAAAUUACGACGAGACACUUUCAACUCUCAGAUACGCAGAUCGCGCUAAGCAAAUAGUCUGCAAAGCUGUGGUCAACGAGGACGCAAAUGCGAAACUUAUACGCGAGCUCAAAGAAGAAAUUCAGAAGCUCAGAGAAUUACUUAAACAAGAAGGAAUUGAUUUCCUGGAAGGCCCCGAUGGUAAAAUUUCUUAUGAAAAGAAAGAAUCUAGAGACGAGGGCGCGAUAAUAAAACCUUCGAAACGUGAAGAAGAUCUUAAAGAAGUAAGACAACGACUUCCUUCACACCAGACUGCUGAGGAAGCCGUCGAUCAGCUGCAAGCUUCCGAAAAGUUGAUUGCGGAACUUAACGAAACAUGGGAGGAAAAGUUAAAGAGAACUGAAUCAAUACGUUUACAACGAGAAGCGGUAUUCGCUGAAAUGGGAGUCGCUGUUAAAGAAGAUGGCGUUACUGUUGGUGUAUUUUCUCCCAAGAAAACACCUCACCUUGUUAAUCUUAAUGAAGAUCCGCUCAUGUCCGAAUGCUUAAUUUAUUAUAUUAAAGUUGGAUACACGCGAGUUGGUUCCGCAGAGGCCAACAUACCCCAGGAUAUUCAGCUUUGCGGGCCUCAUAUUUUAAGCGAGCACUGUAUUUUUGAAAACCACGAGGGGAUUAUCACAUUAAUACCAACUGCCGGUGCUUUAAUUUAUGUUAAUGGCCGCGAAGUUACUGAGCCAAUUAUCUUGAAAACGGGAUCCCGUGUUAUCCUAGGUCGCAACCACGUCUUCAGAUUUAAUCAUCCUGACCAAGUGAGAGUGAGGCGCGAAAAAAAUUCACCCGCAGAAACACCAGGAAAUGUCGAGACAGUAGACUGGAAUUUUGCACAAAUAGAAUUACUCGAAAAACAAGGAAUUGAUUUGAAAGUUGAAAUGGAAAAACGUUUGCUGGUACUCGAGGAACAGUUUCGUAAAGAAAAAGAAACAGCUGACCAAUUGUUUGAAGAGGAGCGCAAGAAAUUCGAAGCACGGAUCGAUGCGUUACAGAAACAAGUGGAAGAACAAAGCAUGACAAUGUCAAUGUACAGCAGCUACACACCCGAGGACUUUAAUAAUAUUGAAGAAGAUAUUUUCGUCAACCCAUUGUUUGACGCAGAGAGCAAUUGGAACGAGCGUGAAUUCCAACUUGCUGGUUGGGCCUUUCGUAAAUGGAAGUAUCAUCAAUUCACAAGCUUACGCGAUGAUUUAUGGGGCAAUGCAAUAUUUCUCAAAGAAGCUAACGCUAUUUCUGUCGAGCUUAAGAAGAAGGUUCAAUUUCAAUUUACUCUACUAACAGACACUCUCUACUCGCCUCUACCUCCCGAUUUGCUGCCAACGGACGACGAAGAAGACGAAGAACGUCCAUUCCCCCGAACAAUUGUCGCCGUCGAAGUUCAAGACACCAAAAAUGGCGCGACUCAUUACUGGACUCUGGAUAAACUUCGACAGCGCUUGGAAUUGAUGCGUCACGUGUACAAUGAAGAUGUAGGCAUAGACCUGUUUCCCGACACUCUACCAGCGGAGGAUGAUAUAUUCCAUUUGUAUACGAGGUUCUCGCUCGCAAAUCUUUUGCCUUCGAGACAACGUCUCGAACUGAUGCGCGAAAUGUAUCACAAUGAGGCCGAACUAUCGCCAACAUCACCGGAUUACAAUAUCGAGAGUAUAACCGGCGGUGAUCCAUUUUACGACCGAUUUCCCUGGUUCCGCAUGGUCGGACGCUCAUUUAUUUACUUGAGCAAUCUGAUGUAUCCGGUACCGCUGAUACACAAGGUGGCCAUUGUCAACGAAAAAGGGGACGUCAAAGGUUAUCUGCGUGUUGCUGUUCAAGCUGUUAUUGAAGCGGAAAACAGUGAAUACUCAAGCGGGGUACGUCAAUCAGCUCGUAUAUCAUUCGACGAUGACUUAUUUGGCAGCAACAACCAGCGCCAUGGCAAGCGUGCAGCGUUGACUUCAAAUAUGGAGAAGAGCCAGCAGAUGAUAAUGCCGGAGGAACGUGUGGUAGAGGGUCAGACUGACGGAAAAGAGCAUAUUAAAGAUGAAGAAGAAGUCUGCGAUGGGGACAGUGGACGCGGUGACAGUUCCGUCGCCAGCGAUAUGAAGGAAGAGGAACUCCCGGAUCACCUUCAACCUGGGGUUGAAUUCACUUUCCGCGUUACUGUUCUCCAGGCGAUGGGCAUCUCUACUGAGUACGCAGAUAUAUUCUGUCAGUUCAACUUCCUACAUCGUCAUGACGAGGCUUUCUCAACGGAGCCGGUUAAGAAUACCGGCAAGGGAAACCCGCCUGGUUUUUAUCAUGUACAAAAUAUUACUGUCACUGUCACCAAAUCAUUUUUGGAUUAUUUGAAGACUCAGCCAAUUGUUUUUGAAGUUUUCGGACACUAUCAGCAGCACCCGUUACACAAAGACGCUAAAUUAGACUACGUUCGACAGCCACCAAAACGAAUGUUACCACCUUCAAUACCAAUAAGCCAACCGGUAAGAUCCCCAAAAUUCGGUUCGGUAUUGCCAUCUCCCAGUACAUCCCACAUUCACGCAAAGUAUGACGUUCUCGUGUGGUUCGAAAUAUGCGAACUGGCGCCCAACGGCGAGUACGUGCCCCUUGUAGUAGACCACAGUGACGAUUUACCCUGCCGCGGUGUGUUCCUUCUGCACCAAGGAAUACAGCGACGCAUUCGUAUCACAAUUGUUCAUGAACACGCCCAGGAAUUGCGCUGGAAAGACGUUCGCGAAUUGGUCGUCGGGCGCAUACGUAACACACCCGAACCCGAAGAAGAAGAUAACGACUCAUCAGUAUUAUCGCUCGGACUAUUCCCGGGCGAGUAUUUAGAAAUACCUGGAGAUGAUCGAUGCAUGUUCCGUUUUGAAGCCGCCUGGGACAGUUCCCUUCACAAUUCAAACCUUCUUAACCGCGUGACAUCUUACGGCGAGCAAAUAUUCAUGACUAUUUCUGCGUAUUUGGAACUUGAAAACUGCGGAAGACCGGCUAUCAUUACCAAAGAUCUGAGCAUGAUUAUUUACGGCAGAGAUGCGCGGGUCGGACCGCGGUCACUAAAACAUCUCUUUAGCGGUAGCUAUCGUAACCAGGAGGCCAAUCGUUUGAGCGGCGUCUACGAACUGGUCUUACGGCGGUCAUCCGAAGCUGGCGUACAGCGACGCCAGCGGCGGGUUCUUGACACCAGUUCGACUUACGUCCGCGGAGAAGAAAAUCUUCACGGAUGGCGGCCACGCGGCGACAGUUUGAUCUUCGAUCACCAAUGGGAGUUGGAAAAACUAACCCGUCUGGAGGAGGUGGAGAAAAUUCGGCAUACUCUCCUGCUGAGGGAGAAACUGGGCAUCGACAAGAUGCCGAUUUGUAAUAAGACUCAGUGUGACUUCACUAAGAGCGAGAAGUUUUUUAAUUUAAACAUACAGGAAGUCUGCAAUAUGGUGGCAAAGGCAACAAACGAACCACACGCUAGCCCAGUUAAAUUAAAAAAAUCAACGAGCAAAGAUGUCUAUGAGCCAUGGGAAAUGACUGAACGUGAGAAAGAAAUUGCCAGCAAGUACGUUAAGUUAAUUCAAGGCAGAAUUCCAAGCAAGGAGCCAAUUGUACUGAGUGAUGUGUCACCUGGAGACGACACCGCGACCGAUAUGUCAGCAUCAAUGAUGUCAUCGGUGAUAUCCUCAUCAUCUCAAGAGUCAGUAACACAUUUGUCUACUUCUAAUAGCUCUGACAUUCAGCCAGCUGGGAUUAUUGUACGUCGUUCUAAGUCGUGCAUCUUUAGGUUGACUUCACCCGAACGAGCGCGACUCCAUGAGCUACAGGAAAGUAUGAUGGCCGGAGAUUCAAGUCAAUCAUCACUAGCACCAGCUCCGCUUGGUUCAACUUCACCCUUAAAAGAAAAUCUAGUUCUCUAUGUACCGGAAGUCGAGGAGAUUCGCAUCAGUCCGGUAAUAGCCCGCAAGGGGUAUCUCAAUGUCUUGGAGCACAAAACCAACGGCUGGAAAAAACGAUGGGUGGCCGUACGUAGACCGUACGUUUUUAUAUUUAGAGAAGAAAAAGACCCAGUCGAACGGGCAUUGAUUAAUUUAGCCACUGCACAAGUUGAAUACUCUGAAGAUCAACUCGCUAUGGUUAAAGUACCAAAUACAUUUAGCGUCGUCACAAAACAUCACGGAUAUUUACUCCAAACAUUAGGCGACAAAGAAGUGUACGACUGGUUGUACGCAAUAAACCCAUUAUUAGCUGGACAAAUAAGGUCUAAAUUAGCACGAAAAUUACCAAUAACUAAUCCCCCAAUAAAUUUAUCAACCUCAUUAAUAACCUCAUCUCUAACCUCAACAACAACAACAACAACAACUGCACCCAUUUCAGCGUCAACGGAUAAUCAAGGACACACUAACAAUAAGUGAGUCACGGAUAUUAUUAAUCAGUACUUACUAAUGGUCACUAAUAAAUCCAAGGAUUUAAUAAACAAACGUUCGAAAAUUUUUUUUAUCCAACCUGACGAUUGUAGAUUUCGACUAACAGUUUUUUUUGAAUGAUUAAUUAUUUAUUUUAUUUAAUUCUUUUUUUUUUUUAUUGAAAAAUAAUAAAAAUUCUCCGAACGUUUUGGGAAAAACGUUUUUUUACGGAAGAGUUUUAUUAUUGAAUGCAAAAAACAUUUUAUUGGAAAAAAUAAUGCAAUAAAAGUGUAAAAAAAAAACGUUUUAAAUCUAAUUGGAUUAAAUUUAUAAAUGUUUUUUUUUAAUUAAUUAUAAAUAAUUAUUGAUAAUUAAAAAAAAAUAGAGUUUUUUAUGGUAGUUGUUAUGUAGUAAAUAUCUUAAUUACUUUGUUAAAUAAUUAUUUAUUUAUGUAGCGUAAGAAAUUAUUUUUUUUUUAUGCAGUUGUAAAAAUAAUUUUGUUUUUUUUUAAACUGGCAACAAUUUUUUGUUGCAGUACUGAUAUAAUUAAUCGUGACAUAAUUAUUGAAAACAAAUAAAUAAAUAAAUAUAUAAAACACGAUAUAUACACAGUGAUAUUUAUGGAAAGAUAAAUAAAUAAAUAUUAAUAUUAUUAAUUUUCAAAUUAACAAUGAAGAGAUCGAGGCUUUUUAAAAUGUCAGAUCGCAUAUAGUCUAGUGUUGUAUAUAUUUAAAAAAUAAUAAUUAUAAUUUUACUUAUAAUUAUGAUUAAUUGGAAAAAAAAAAAAAAAAAAAAAAAAAUUGAUUAAAAGAAAAAAAAGUAACAUAAAUUAAGACGGAUUACUAAAAAUAAUUGAAAAAGUUAGAGUUUAAGUUUAAAAAAAAUCAGCACGCUUUUUUGUUAUUUUUUUUUGUUAUAAGAUAAUAAUAAUUAAUGAUUAAUAAUUAAUAACUUUUUGAUCGGUUGAAUCUCAUGUCAUUAAAGGUUGGGUUCAUUUUUUUGUUAUAUUGUUUUGGCAAAGUAGGUUAGGAUCUGAUUAAUCGAGAUUAUUUUAUUGUCAUCCCAACAAGAGAUUGAACUUCGGGUGUCGUCGGUUUUUACUCCCUCUGGAUGUAUUAUGUAUUAAAUGUUCUCCCACUUUUCAGUGCGCAUGCGCAGUUCAUAAAUGUUUGGUAGUGGGGACAGUUUCCGAGGUCUAUUCUCUUACUGGGACCACAAUAAGAACAAUUUGGAACAGCACCCCCCACUUUUUACUUCAAGUUUCAUGACUUUCAAUUUUCGGAAGUGUAUUUUAAUUUUAUUGGUUAAUUAAAAAAAAAUUGGGGCAUUAAUUGAAAAGAAGAUAACGCAGUCUUAAUUUUGCGAGGAUGGAAAUUUAAAAAAAAUUACUUAGUUUUAAAUCGAUUGUUUAGGGAAAUUUGUUUUAUAAAUUCUAGAAAAUCUUGAUGGCAAGAUUACAAUCAGAAAUUAAAAAUUUUGUAGGUUAAAAUUUAUUUAACAAAUUUUGAAUUACUGUCCGACUGUCCCUCUACUCCAUUAUGACGAUGCGCUUAUUUGCUGUCGCGCAUGCGCAGUAAGAACUUGAUCGUAGAAAAUGGAAGAUCUCGUUAGGAGACGAUUAACAAUUUUUGGUUUUUUUUUUAACAAAUCAGUUACAAAAGAAAAAAAAAAAAUUUACAUGUAGGAAAUGUUAAAAACUACAGGUAAAAUUUUUCAAAAUAUUUUUUUUUUAUAAUUUAUUGUCUCGAAAAAAAUUAAAUAAUUAUAAGACCUCGGCUAUUUCCUGAUCAAAAACAUGAUACUAAAGUUAGCCGACGUCUAAUAACUUUUUGAUUUUUUUCAAGACAAUAAAUUAUAAAAAAAAAUAUUUUGAAAAAUUGCAGUUUUUUUCAGAAAAAAACCUGUAGUUUUUUUCAUUUUCUACAUGUGCAUUUUUUUUUUUUUUAUAUUAAACCGUUGAAAAAAAAAUCGAAAAUUGUCAUUUGUCUGUUUUCAGGAUCAUAUUAAAAUCUCGUUUGAAUCCGACUGGAAAAUUCUAAUCAGAUUUAAUCAGAAAGUUCCGAAUGAAUUCGAUUGAAAAUUAAUCAGAAAUCUGGAAAAAACUAUUAGUCUCUUAUAGAAUCAGAUUUGAAAAUUUCAGUCGGAUUUAAUCAGAUACUUAAAAAAACUCCCUAACAAUCCUGAUUUAAUCUGAUUCAGUUCCAAUCAGAUUUAAUCAGUUUUUAAUCAGGGACUUAAGUAUCGUAAAAAUGGCGGGAGAUUCAUUUUCUCUCCACGACAAUUGUAAUUUAAAAUAAUUGCAAGUAAUUUUUUUUUAAAUCUACAUCCUGAAAAAAUUACAACUAAAAUUGUCCUUUUUUCAAUUAACGCUUAAAUUAAUUUUUUAAUUAAUUAAUUGAUAAAAUUUAAAUACGGUCAUUACAACUACAGGUCACAGGAAAAAGGAAAGAAGUGGGGGUACUGUGUAAGAUUGCCCUUAACUUUUCUGUUGCGUUGUUUUUUUUGAGGUUAUCUUGAUUAAUCAGAACCUAUCGUUCUUUGCUCAAUAGUUACAACAAAUGAAUAAAUCCUGAAUCUUUAAUACUUUAUAUUAAUUAAUAAUUAUUAUUAUGAAUUAUAGUAUUAAAAAAAAGCUGUAUUUAAUUAUUAAUAAACGACAUUCAGUCAUUGAUUCUAGUCAUUAAAAAAAUAUAUAAAUGUAUAUUUAAGAACUGCAAAAAUAUGAAAAAAAAUAAA